UACAGGGACACUGGGACUUGUGGGACUGUGGCCGUUUUCGCAGUUUGGGCUGGACGAAAAAGACGGGUGGCCGCUGUCGGCAAGGGCUGCAGGGUGUGCGAGCUGACCCCGCCUCGCCUUUCCUGCCUAGCCCUCAUUCCGCGGAACCGGCCGCGCCCGGUCCUUGCGCGACGCUCCCCGGCCCCGGCCGCCUGGUCAGGCGCUGGAGGCCGGAGUCCCGCGGCCUGUACUGGGUCCGCGCACACCCAGCGGCGGCGGAUGGGCGGCCGGGGCGGCCGGGCCUGAGCGCGGCCAGGGCUUUCAGGGCUGGCUGCUGGCAGAAUGGACACCCUGGAGGAGGCGACUUGGGCCAAUGGGAGCACAGCACUACCCCCACCCCUGGCACCAAACAUCAGUGUGCCUCAUCGCUGCCUGCUGCUGCUCUAUGAAGACAUUGGCACCUCCAGGGUCCGGUACUGGGACCUCUUGCUGCUCAUCCCCAAUGUGCUCUUCCUCAUCUUCCUGCUCUGGAAGCUUCCAUCUGCUCGGGCCAAGAUCCGCAUCACCUCCAGCCCCAUUUUUAUCACCUUCUACAUCCUGGUGAGUUCACUGCAGUUGACAGAAAAGCCAACGACACAACUGAAACAAAAAGGAAUUAGCUGCUUCUAUAAUGAAAAUGAGCUUCAGGUGUUUGUGGUGGCACUGGUGGGCAUUGCCCGGGCCGUGGUAUCCAUGACGGUGAGCACCUCGAACGCUGCAACUGUUGCUGAUAAGAUCCUGUGGGAGAUCACCCGCUUCUUCCUGCUGGCCAUCGAGCUGAGUGUGAUCAUCCUGGGCCUGGCCUUUGGCCACCUGGAGAGCAAGUCCAGCAUCAAGCGGUUGCUGGCCAUCACCACAGUGCUGUCUCUGGCCUACUCUGUCACCCAGGGCACCCUGGAGAUCCUGUACCCUGAUGCCCAUCUCUCAGCUGAGGACUUUAAUAUCUAUGGCCAUGGGGGCCGCCAGUUCUGGCUGGUCAGCUCCUGCUUCUUCUUCCUGGUCUACUCUCUGGUGGUCGUCCUUCCCAAGACCCCGCUGAAGGAGCGCAUCUCCCUGCCUUCUCGGAGGAGCUUCUACGUGUAUGCGGGCAUCCUGGCACUGCUCAACUUACUGCAGGGGCUGGGGAGUGUGCUGCUCUGCUUGGACAUCAUCGAGGGGCUCUGCUGUGUAGAUGCCACAACCUUCCUGUACUUCAGCUUCUUUGCUCCGCUCAUCUACGUGGCUUUCCUCCGGGGCUUCUUUGGCUCAGAGCCCAAGAUCCUCUUCUCCUACAAAUGCCAAGUGGAUGAGACAGAGGAGCCGGAUGUACACCUACCCCAGCCCUACGCUGUGGCCCGGCGGGAGGGCCUGGAGGCUCCAGGGGCUGCUGGGGCCUCAGCUGCCAGCUACUCAAGCACACAGUUUGACUCUGCGGGCGGGGUGGCCUACCUGGAUGAUAUCGCUUCCAUGCCCUGCCACACUGGCAGCAUCAACAGCACGGACAGCGAGCGCUGGAAGGCCAUCAAUGCCUGAGAGCAGCUGCCAGGGCCUGCAGAGGACAGGCCAGAAUGGAGGCCAGCAGGUCCAGAGUCCCCGGGGGAGGAGGACCAGGUCAAGGGACCUUCUGUGGGCGGUAGCCUUGUGUGGCCCUGUUCCCACCAUGAGUCUGGAGGCCCCACCUCCCUGGGGCUCCCAAUCCCCUUUGCCAUCUCUGCUCUCACUGGGGACUCUCCUCCCUUCCCAUCUGGUCUCAUACUGCUCAGCGACAUGGCCCAGGCUUUCCUUCCAGGGCCAUGCUUGGCAAGGUUGGCUGAGGGCACCCUCCUUCUCUGCAUCCUUGGCACGAGGGCAGGGCUGGCUCUCCCAAUGCCUCCAUCCCAUCCCCAUGGUGCUUUGGCCUCCUCAAAGCCCACUGUGGUAGAUGGACUGAAGUGUGUAUAUUUUCUUGAUCUAUUUUUUAAUAAAAAUGAAAAGGAGCAGAA